GGCCGGAAGUGGGGGCUGCCCCUCGGUAGCGUGGGGGCUUCUGGGCCGCGGCCUAGGUGUGGGACCGGGACAGCGGUAGCGGGCGGUUCCGGGUUGGCCAGUCCGGGUAAGGGGGUGUGUGUGGUUGAAGUGAAUCCUGCUAGGAGCUCUGGGGACCCCCACUGUAGGAAGCUGUCGCCUGGUGGUCAAGCGUUCGGUUUUGAAUUCAGACCUGGGUUCCAUUCCUUGCGGUGCGACCUUGGGCAGGUGCUGGAACCUCACGGCCUUAGUUUCCUCAUCUGUAAAACGGGGACAAUGAUAAGACUACAGAAAGCUUUUAUCACAUUAUGGGGCAAGAAGUAGGCCAGCUCAGUGGACUCCUUCCUUUCUUCAUGCGGUAUUUGUUGAGCGCCUACUAAGUACUAGGUGUUGUUCUGAGCGUUGGCUAUAACCCGGGGCAGGAGGCAAAGGCGUCUGCCUUGUGGUGGGGAGACAGAUAGGAAAUAAGAAAAUGAAUAUAUGGACAAGAUAAUUUCGGGAUAAUUUCAUAUAAUUACUAUGAAGACAGUAUAACAGGGUGAUAGGAACAGUGUUUUUCCAGUCCCUGCUUCACAGCUGCCCUGAGGUGCUUCAGGUCAGAGUUCACCCUCUGCCCCAUUUUGAAGAUGAAGAUCCUGAGGCCCAUUGAAGGGAAGGUACACUAAACCUGACGUUCACUUCCUGUUGGGGUGCUGUAAGAACUGUGAUAAUAAUACACUUGAUCUUAGCCAAAAGGCCAAGAAGCGAUAGAAUUUGAUAAUAAUAGCUAUUUGCUAGUUGGGCAUUUGCUGUGUGCCAGGUAUUGUGUUAAGUGCUUGCUGUGGCAUUGUAUCAUUUAAUAUCACACUAUCUCUAAGAGAUCCUAUGUUCAUUUUUUAAAAUCUUUUAAUGUUUAUUUUUGAGAGAGAGCGAGAGAGACAGUUUGAGUGGGAGGGAGACAGAGGCAGAGAGAGAGGGAGACAAAGAAUCCCAAGCAGGCACCAGGCUCUGAGCUGUCAGCAGAGCCCGAUGUGGGGCUCAGACUCACAAACUGUGAGAUCAUCACCUGAGCCGAAGUCCGAGCUUAACCAACUGAACUACCCAGGCCCCCCUGUUCAUUUUUUUUUUUUUUUUAAGUCUAUUUAUUUUGAGCGAGAGAGAGCAUGAGCACAUGUGCGCACGGGGAAGGGGCAGAGAGAGGGGGAGAGAGCAUCCUGAGCAGGUUCUUCACUGUCAGCACGGAGCCCUGACCUGGGGCUGGAACUCAGGGCUGGAACUCAUGAACCGUGAGAUCAUGACCUGAGCUGAAACCACGAGUUGGGUGCUGAACCGACUGAGCCACCCAGGCUCCCCAAUCCCGUGUUCCUUUCUACAAAUAAGGGACUGAGACUCUGAGAGGUCAAGUGAUUUGCUUUAUACUGUCCAGCAAUUGACCGAAGCCACAUCUGUGAUGCAAGAGUCGAGGCUCUCAACACCUGUAUUAUGCUACCUCCCUGAGAGCUAGUGUGUUUCAUACCAAUGUGCCCCUUAUGGUGGUGUGUCAAAGUGCCUGGCACAGUUUCUGGCACACAGAGAAGCUCAAGACCUGAUGUGCUUUUCACUGGAGUGUUUUCACUUAGAUCUCAUGUAAUCCUCACCACCACCUUGUGCAGAAUGUAUUGUUCACCGUUCACAGGUGAGCCAUUUGUGAUCCAGAAAGGGUCACAUGGCUUUUGUCUGGUGGCACCUUCCCUCCCCCUUUCCAUAGGGCUCACUAUGGUGCCUUGGAAGUAAUAGGGUGCUCCUCAGCCAGCAUCCAAUCAGAAUGGGUUUCAGAACCUGCAAGGAGAACUGUGAAGGAGGACAGAUACCUGGGGAGGUUAAAGAGCUUUUUCAAGGCAGUUGAAACCUGGAUCAUGGAGCCUUCUAAAGAAGAUGGCAGUGAACGUAUACUCGACGUCCGUCACCAGUGAUAACCUAAGUCGACAUGACAUGCUGGCCUGGAUCAAUGAGUCUCUGCAGCUGAAUCUGACAAAGAUCGAACAGUUGUGUUCAGGGGCUGCCUAUUGUCAGUUUAUGGACAUGCUGUUCCCUGGCUCCAUUGCCCUGAAAAAAGUGAAAUUCCAGGCUAAGCUAGAACACGAAUACAUCCAGAACUUCAAAAUACUACAAGCAGGUUUUAAGAGAAUGGGUGUUGACAAAAUAAUUCCUGUGGACAAAUUAGUAAAAGGAAAGUUUCAGGACAAUUUUGAAUUUGUUCAGUGGUUCAAGAAGUUUUUUGAUGCAAACUAUGAUGGAAAAGACUAUGACCCCGUAGCUGCCAGACAAGGUCAAGAAACUGCAGUGGCUCCCUCCCUUGUUGCUCCAGCUCUGAACAAACCGAAGAAACCUCUCAGCUCUAGCAGUGCAGCUCCACAGAGGCCCAUUGCGACCCACAGAACUACUGCAACCCCUAAGGCUGGCCCAGGUGUGGUGCGAAAGAAUCCUGGUGUGGGCAACGGGGAUGACGAAGCAGCUGAAUUGAUGCAGCAGGUCAACGUAUUGAAACUUACUGUUGAAGACUUGGAGAAAGAGAGAGAUUUCUACUUUGGAAAGCUAAGGAACAUUGAAUUGAUUUGCCAGGAGAACGAGGGGGAAAACAACCCUGUAUUGCAGAGGAUCGUGGACAUUCUCUACGCCACAGACGAAGGCUUUGUGAUCCCUGAUGAAGGGGGCCCACAGGAGGAGCAAGAAGAGUAUUAACAGCCUGGACCAGCAGAGCAACAUCCGAAUUCUUCACUCCAAAUCAUGUGCUUAACUGUAAAAUAUUCCCUUUUAUUAUUCUUAGAGGACUCACUGGUUUCUUUUCAUGAGCAAAAAGUACCUCUUCUUAAAGUGCACUUUGCAGAAGUUUCACUCUUUUUCCAAUGAGUUUGAGUUAGGAGCUUUCACCUUGUAGCGGAGCAGUAUUAACACCUAGCUGGCUCACCUAGGGAGCAGAGAGGCCGACCAUGGGGCUCCCCGUGUGGACGCUGGUAACACUGAUUGCUGGAGACGGUGUUUUUAUGUAAUGCACUGAGGUGGAGACCUCAGUAGAGAAAUGUAAAGACUGAUUUGAAUUUUAAGCUAAUGUGAAAUCUUGGCAGAGAACGUUUUAAUAAAUAAAUGCCUUAAGAGUAUUUAAAAUAUGCUUCCAUAUUUCAAAAUAUAAAAUGGAACGUGACAGAUUUACGUGUUUGACAUUGUGUCUGGGAAGGAAGGGCCAGACCUCUGGACCUUUGGUAUCUGCUGUUCACAGGCCUUGCAGGGCUGUUUGAAUCUGCAAAGGCCUACACCUUGGCCCAGAAGGAAAGUUUAAAAAGUUGCUCUGUAAAGCCAUUUGGUGUCCUUGACCAGUUGUAUCCCUGCCCUGAGAAGCAAGAGGCAUUGUUGCCUGGACGAACAGAGGGUGUGUUUCAGCCCUGACAUGUUUGAGUUGUAGAGCUUCAAUUUCAGUGAACAUUUCUCUGACCAUUUUUCCAGUUAUCCCUGAAAUUUCUAUGUAUUGUGUUUUUUGGGAAAUGAGGUGUGUCCAGUUUUUAAAUCUAACAACUACUUUUGGGGACUUGCCCACAUCUCUGGGAUUUGAAUGGGGGUCGUGUCCCAUUUUACUGUCUUUUAAGUUUACAUUGAACAUGUUUCUCUUCUCUGCUCCCCUUGCCCACUGGGGACUCCUCUUUGGCUCCUUAAAGUUUGCUGCUUAGAGUGUAAGUUCAGCAGGCAGGUGGUCACGCUGCAAGUUCUUUCUGGACCUCUGGCAAAGGGAGUGACCAGUGAAGGCCAUCGCUAUCUUGGGCUCUGCAAGGCUGGGUGUUCUUGGUACCUGCUGUCCACAGCCCUCCACUGUUAUCGGAAUACUUUGCCAGUGCACUAAUCUCUUUGGAGAUAAAAUUCAUUAGCGUGUUACUAAAUGUUAAUUUUCUUUUGCAGAAAAUACAGUGCCGUGUCUGAAUUAAUUAUUAAUAUUUAAAAUAUUUCAUUCCUUAACUCUUCCUCAUUUGCUUUACCCCUAGCCUAUUCAGUUCCUUUGUUUGGCAGAAUUCUGCAAAAUGUGUGUCACCCACUACUGAAGAUUGUUCAGCCCCUGAUGUAUUUGUAUUGAUUUGUUUCUGGUGGUAGCUUGUCCUAAAAUGUGUGUAGAAAGCAGAUAUUUUAUGAUAAAAUUGUUGUGUAGUGCAUGCUCUGUGUGGGAUUCAGAGGAAAACCCAGAUUCAGUGAUUAACAAUGCCAAAAAAUGCAAGUAACUAGCCAUUGUUCAAAUAACAGUGGUGCUAUUUCUCUUUUGUGGCCUUUUAGACUUUUGUUGCCCUAAAAUUCCAUUUUAUUGGGAACCCAUUUUCCACCUGGUCUUUCUUGACAGGGUUUUUUUCUACUUUAAACAGUUUCUAAAUAAAAUUCUGUAUUUCAAGA